AUGAGGACGAAGAACAUUGAGGGAGGAGCAUCUCAUAAAGGUUCUCGGGCCCCGAAGACCACAGUUGCAAAGGGUACGAAAGAUAACUCUUCAGUGGCUUCCUCAAGCUCAAAACAACGGAAGCCAGGAAAACGAAUAUCGGGUCCUAUGGCUAGUGGGGUGUUCGGGGUACGUGUCUUCAAACCAAGGGACCGCAAUCCUUGUUCACCGUUGCUUCACUUCGAUUUAGAGGAACAUAUCUCCUUCAAGCUGACUUUAACAAAAAUCAGAGGGUGUGGAAACAACGACAAGUGUGCUGAAUGGUAUAACGUAGGAAUGCACGACACGGUGAAAGCAAAGGUAAAGAAGCUGGGACAGGCCAUUACUUGUGGCCUUAGCGGAGAGAUGGUGGGACACUACCCACACCUUCCAUUUCGAUGA